GACCUUACAAGAAUCAUGCCUCUUCCAGACACCAUGUUUUGUGCUCAGCAGAUUAACAUACCUCCUGAACUCCCAGAUAUUUUGAAACAGUUUACCAAAGCUGCCAUCAGGACUCAGCCUCAUGAUGUACUGCAGUGGUCAGCUGGGUAUUUCUCAGCUCUGUCGAAAGGAGAGCCCCUUCCUGUAAAGGACAGGAUUGAAAUGCCAGUAGCAACACAGAAAACAGAUACUGGGCUCACACCAGGCCUCCUUAAAGUUUUGCACAAGCAGCUUUCUCCGAAGGGCCGUGUGAGCAUGAUAGAACUAGAAAAAAAAUGGAAACAUCUAUGUUUGCCAGUGGAGCAACUGAGAGCCCUUCUACAAUUGGACAACUUCGGUGAAGAGGUGGAAUGGUUGAAAGUUCUAGCACUUGGGUGUAGUAUACUUGGUGGGUCCUUAAUGACUUCUGUGAAGUAUGCCUGUGAAAUUCUAACAACUGAUCCAGAGGGGGGACCUGCUCGCAUUCCAUUUGAUACAUUCUCAUUUAUUUACACAUACCUGGCCAGUAUAGAUGGUGAGAUGCCAGACUACAAAGUUGAAGCUUUCCUCAAUGCUCUUAAGGGACAAGUGGAGCGUAAAGGAGAUCAGGUUGGAGUUUCAGAUUUCUUCAUUCCAUCAAAGAAGGUUUAA